GAAAUCAAGUUUUGUGGUGAGGUCUUACAACGUCAUCGAUGUUGUCGAGUUUGUCACAAAUACGGCAACGACGAACAGUGCCGUUUUCUGUUCCCUCAUGAAGUCGUCGAAGCAUCCUAUUUCGAUCCGGAGUGUAAGUCCGUGGUUCUCAUGUGUAGGGACAGUACCAUCAACUACUUUAACCCUUACAUCCUCGUUUUCUGCAGACAUAAUCACGAUCUCAAGUCUAUAUUGUCCGGCAAAGCUGCGAAAGCUGCUAUGUUUUAUAUCACUGAUUACAUCACCAAGAUGGACUUGAAGAUGCACGAAUUGCUGUCUUUGAUG